UUCCGCAAGGCGCGUGUCAUUUCCGUCACCCUUUCCUGUGAUCAUCGUGUGGUAGAUGGAGCAGUCGGUGCCGCCUGGUUGGCCGAGCUGAAAACCUCUUUGGAAACCCCUGGUAUGAUGUUGGCCUAGUCAAAAGAGGCGUCUGUUGCUUCUACUGGUACAAUCGCGUCAGUGACAAACUAUUUUUCGGGUUAGUACUGACUGGUUUGUUAGAAAAACCGAAAUAA